AUUUCAUUAUUCCGAUGAAUGGAGUAUUGUGCUACUGCUGGUCGAGUGAACAACUUAAUCCACCGCUUUUCUGGACGAGUGUGUGAAGGCAGAUAAAGAAGAACUAAUAUUCAGUGAAGAGUGUACAGAAGCGGAAGGAAGUACAUGGCACAUGGCACAUUUUUUAUGCUCAGACUGUGGUGUUCAACUCGGAGGGCAGAGGUAUAUUGGAAGAAAUAAUAGAAUAAUAUGCAUCUCUUGUUACAAUCAAAAUUCCUUACCCGUUUGUAACACCUGUGGAGAAGGAAUUGUUGUCGAUAAACCACAUAUUAUUCAGAAUCAUAUGCACUGGCAUGCGGACGAGCGUUGUUUCUGUUGUAAUAGAUGUGGUAAAAAUUUAUUAGGCAAAAGAUACUCAUUUAGAGACGAAAAGUUAUACUGUGGUAUGGAUGCGAACUGUGGAAAACAGUAUUCGAAAGUGACAUUUGAUAGCAGGGUGAUUUCCGUUUCAAACAGACGGCGAGGAUCGGUGCCGGAGCCACCAUCUCGAGAUCCUCCAUCACCACCAGCUGAAAAUAUUUAUGAAACUGUCCUACCAUGCUCUUCGAGGGAAUCAGAUAUCAUAAAUGGAAUCGACCAUUUGCGAGGGUGUAGUCGCCGAUCGCAAAGCGCAGAUGUUCGGCGACCGUGGUGUAAUGAAUACUGCCGCAAAGAAUAUUACAAGAAAAAGGGUAAUUAUGAAGAUAAGAAACAAAAUCAUUAUUCGCGGAUGCCACCACUCUCACCGUUACUAAGAAGAAAACAUCAGCGAUGCAGUUCAUGCAGUUCGUCCGAGAGUGAUAGUGAUGAUGUAUACCUGUUAAAUUAUUUAGCUGCUUCUCUUUCUCAGUUCAGCAAAACAACUAAAAUUCUGAGUAAGCAGGUCAAGAAAUAUGAUGUAAGGAGCGACAUACCGAUGUAUAAUUUGUGGGUGACUUGUCGUUAUAGAUGGGUCUCAUCGCAGUUUUCGUCGUUUAUUGGCACCAUGAAGUGUAGUACCUUAUCUUCUGGCUUAGGUUGUGAGACAACUUUUUAUUCGUUGGAAUCCUUACAAAGGGGACCAGAUUUCAUGCAAGCCUGGUGGGAUACAUCUGGGUUUGUAAUGACUUCAAAGCUAGCAGACUGCUUCAAAAGUUCACGCUUGAUUCCAGUGCCAUUUGGUGAAUACCAGAGCAAUAAUCCUGAUACACCUCCUAUUAUGGUUAAUUUUCGUUCGCCGGAUUUAUGGCGAACUUUACCAAUGGAAUUUAAGGAUGGUAAAGAGCGCUUAUUCACUGAUCGUACAGUCAUAUGCAAGCUUUCUAAAGUUUGCGCUAGUAAAGUUGAAAAUCUUGAAAAGUUGGGACAGGAUCUUGUGAUUCAAUUGGACAACAUAAAGUGUGAUGCUAUGGAACGUUUGCUUUUUGCUGUCUGUCCUACAAUAUAUAGUCAAUAUCCAAUUCCUCCAACAGUUUUCGAUGUUGGUAUUAUUUGUCCAGUUGCUUGCUCUCUACAAAUGGAUAUGGUUAUCAAGAUGUGCGAGAAGGUUCUGGAAAACGAUAUAAAUUCGGAACUUACGCCGAUUGACCUACUCGUCAGUUCCUUUAGUAUGGCUUACAAAUGUCAACUGAAGUUAACAUUGCAAGCGAAGCUGUUUACCAAUAUUCUGGAAUGUGAGUAUUGGAAAUUAAAAUACUCGUUGGUUCGUAAAGUCGAAUCACCUUGUUUGCGCAUUUUUUUGUGGAACUUCAGAGAAAUAAGGCGCACUACUAUAUGUUCGAAAAAAGCACUCAAAGAAAAUUGUUACGUAAGGCGUAGAAAACCCUGGGUAGGAGAAGGUCUAGAUCCACCAACGAAAGAAUUGUUCCGCCUUUGCAUUUACAACGAAUUAAUCUUUUCACAUGUUACAAUAACUGUACAAACAAAAAUUUAUAAAUCUAUUUGCAAUCAAUGUGAAGAGAAUGCUACGCACAAUAUGCGUACAAGCGGCUGUCUUGUGAGGACUGUUCCAGAAAAACUCUUUUUGUGCCAGCAGUGUAAUAAAGCACUGUGUUCGAAUUGUGAGGCAAAAUUUUGUGCUGCAAAGCUGGUUGAAUUUCUUGAAGAUGUUCAUAAGGCUGAGAAAUCUCCAGAUAUGUUAAUGAAGCUUCGUUCUCUUGUUAUACUGAAUUCUUCCGAUCACGAUGCUGCUAGGGCGUUGAUAGAUAUUCAUUAAUGACGCUUUUCGUCUUCAGAGUGAUAUUUCCGCUAUUCUUUGUCACAGUCUCCAUUUCUGAUUUCGUUAUAUAGCAUGCAUACAAAAUCUUUUCAAAGAUAAUCAAAUGUUAUUUCUGCAAAACGAACAUUCUUGUCUUUAAUCUCAUAUGCAGACAUCUCUUCUAAAAGGCACAUUCUAUUUACACUGUGGUAAUCAGUAAUAUGUGUUAUUGUCUUAGCAGAGUGAAUUUUACACUUGCGAUUGGCAACGGAUUUGCUCUAAUAUUCUUGAUUUUGGAUAUUGCAGUCUACCUCUCCGACUUGUAUUUUCCUUUGUUAUUGCGAACAGUGAAAACACUAUCAGCGGUAGACAAUCAUGCGUAUUGCUUGUUGAAUAAAACCCUUUAAUCCCA